AUGCAACUCUUAGCUCGUUUGUUGCUUCCUCGUUUUCAUCCUCGGAGAUCAGCUUUGAGGUAUAUUUAUCACUGUUCGCAAAGGCUUACCAAUACCGCGACUGUUGCUGAGAGGCAAGCUAGAUCGAAACUCGACACUGAAACUGCUUUGAGUGGUGCAUCGAUAGAUGCAUCAAUAGUGAAAAGCCAGCGAGCGUUGCUCAGGGAACCAGAUGCUAACAUUUCUUUGAAAGCGCCGAUUCCUCUUCUCGAAACGUUUGACAAAACGGCUGGGCAAAUAGUCGACGAUUCAUCAAAACACCUCCCAGACGAAUUGGUCGGUCACCAGCCGUUCCAAGAUGUGCCCGGCCCAGCAUUGCUUAAACUAUGGGAGAAGUAUUGGCGAUACGUGCCGCUAUUCGGUACGCAACUGUUUCGCAGUGUGCUUAUCAACGGGCUUUCCGAGGGACGUUUGCUGUGGAAUAGAAAUGUCAGUCCUUUAAGGUACUUGUUUAAUGAAUAUGGGCCAAUUGUUCGUUUAAAUGGUCCGUUUACAGGAGAUGUAGUAUUGAUCCAUAGACCUGAACAUAUUGCCAAGGUUUUCCAGGAGGAGGGAGACUCACCAACAAGAAGCAGUAUUGACGUACUUCAACACUAUCGAUUGAACUAUCGAAAAUAUCGAUUUUCCGGGCCAUUUUGCACGCAAGGGACUGAUAGUCUUGAAUGGAUAAAAACAAAGAAGUCUUUAGAAGUUCCCAUGUCGGAACAAGUACUUAAGCAAUUUCCGAAACUGGAAAUGGCUUGCGAUGAACUAGUGCUAAGAAUUAGACAAACGAAAAAUCGACAAGACGAGGUUCCAAGCAAUUUUCAUCAGGAACUUUUGCGAUGGGGAAUGGAAUGCUUUUGGAUAUUAAUGUUGAAUCGGAAAAUCGGUUUCCUUGAUUCUACUGGUUAUAGUGAAAAUUCUGAAACGAAUCGAUUUAUUGAGGCUCUAGUCGAUGCACAUCUUUACAUGAGUCGCUGUGAAACUGGGUUUCAAUUCUGGCGAUUUAUGGAAACUCCAUUCAGCAGAAAACUCUUUACUUCUUGCGAUAUUAUUGAUAAUGUGAUAGGAAAGUAUAUUCGUAUUGCUCAAGGAAAUCUAAGAAAAGAUAUAUCAGUGGACAAUGAAGAAGAUGCGCAGAUUCGCUCAACAAUACUUGACCAUCUUCUGAUUAAGCAGCGGAUGAAUCCAGAUGACGUAUCGACAUUAUUGAUGGAUAUGGUUAUACUGGGAAUGCAGGCGACAGUGAAUUCACAAGCAUUUUUACUUUAUUACUUGGCGAAAAAUCCUCGUGUUCAAAGAAAAUUACACGCAGAGAUUAAUUUGAAAGCCCGAAAUGACUUACUAAUAACUAAAGCGACGCUUGAUAAUAUGCCAUAUUUGAGUGCAUGCAUCAAUGAAUGUUUAAGGUUACGUCCGCCAUUUCCUUAUCUCACUCGGCUACUACCUAAGACCAUUGUAUUACAUGGCUAUACAUUACCUAAAGGAACAUACAUUAUUAUGGCUAAUCAAAUUUCUUCUCAAAAAGAAGAAAAUUUUGAAGAUCCUGAAAAAUUUAAACCAGAAAGAUGGCUGAAUACCAAUGAAGAAUCCUACCCUAAAAAUAGUUAUUUACCUUUCGGUAAAGGACUUAGAUCAUGCAUCGGUGAGAGUAUGGCCAAGUUAGAAAUGAUGUUGUUAACAACAAAGGUAUUGCGCGAAUUUAGAGUAGAGUAUGACUACGCUGACAUCAACAGUCGCUUCCUAAUGAUGAAUGUGCCAAGUAGACCACUUCGUUUCCGUUUCGUUGACAGAGAAUAA